GUCUACAAGCUGAUUUGGUGGCAGAAUAUCGAAAUUGGUAAUGCUCAUCAGAACGCAUACUCUCAUCAGCUGGUCUCCAGGCAGUGAGAACAUUGAGCUCAUGAGGCCUUCCAAGGCAAGGUAAAUUCAUCAAAUCAACUGAAUAUACCCAUUGUGGUCGAAAAUUAUGUGGAAGUUGGUGAGAAAAUUCGUUGCACUGAGUAUGAUCUGCUUUUCUCUCAUUGGCUGUUUGGUCAUCUGGAUAACCGAUGACCCUACGCCGGGCAAAGGAUAUCACUCGAAAGACUAUAUAUCCAGGCUCUUGGCUCAGAGGCCGUUGCUGACGUCGAAGUGCACGAGGCAACUUCAGUUGUGGACAAAUGCACAUAUUUAUGGAUAUUCAAACGAGCCCUUCCGAUUUCAGUGUCCAGGUGUCCCUUGCGAAGCAUCCAUCGUAGCUAACACCAACCUCUCGACGACCAAACUGAGCGAUGGAGUGGUUUUCUUUUCUGAUGCGGAAUGGGGGUGGGACAAGAUGCGUUCUGCGCGCCCGCAUGGUCAAAAGUGGUUCUUCUACAGCCGAGAAAGUCCUACAAGGACUCGUCCCGAUGUCAUGCCUCCAAUUGAAUACAAUAGUGACUCCUAUGAUUACACAAUGACUUAUCGACAAGAUUCUGAUUUUCCUGCUGGGUUUGGUUAUUAUAAUGAAACAAAAGAUGAAAUAGAAGCAGACGAUGAUCAAAACUGGGCGGCAGAAAAAACAAAUAUCCUGAUCGCACCCGCAGCAGACUGCCAUCCGGCGACUUGGAAGCGUGACAGCUUUAUCAAGGAACUGAAAGAAUUUGUACCAGUUGACCUGUACGGGGAAUGCACAGACCCCGAGUCCAAGCCAUGCGAAGAGUCCGUGGGAUGUCUAGAGAAAUUGAGAUUUUACAAGUUUUCACUUGCACUGGAGAACAGUCGAUGUCGCGAUUUCAUCACUGAAAAGUUUUUCAUGAGCCUUGCAAGCGGAACGGUGCCUAUUGUCGACGGACCACCCCGCGAAGACUACGAACGGGUCGGCCCUCCAAACUCCUUUAUCCACGUCAGUGACUUUGGGUCCGUUCAAGAACUGGCGGACUAUAUCAAACUUGUAGACAGUAACGAUAAACUCUACAAUCGCUUCUUCGAUUGGAAGAAGCGAGGGAAUGUGGUCACUGUCAGCGUGGCGGAUCUUUUUGGGACAAAAAACAUAUGCCCCAUUUUCCAGCGAAUGUACGAUGACGAAAUGAAGGGAGCUAGCAUAGAUUCAGCUAUAAAAACAAAGAUAUCAGAUUGGGAAGAAUGGUGGCAGGGCUCAUGCUCAUAUUAACUUGAAUCAUAUAAAUAUUUAAAAUGAUGAUUUUAAUCUUAAUCGAUGAAAGAUUGAAAUGUACCGUGUGCUUAUAGUUUAUGUGAUCUGUUUGAUCAAAUCUACGAUGCGUCCUUUAACCCCCCCCCCCCGGGGGGGGGGGGCAGUCAAAUAUAUUGCUGUACACACGCGUGACCAAGGAAUUUCCAAACACCCCCUAAACGAGUUUUUCUCUGUGUGCAAAAUAACCACCUAAACAAGUUUUUCGCGGGCUUAUUUACACAUUUUGGCCCCUAAACAAGUUGUCGCCAAAAUAUGAUCUCGGGGGAAAAAUGCCCUAAACACCUCUGGCUAGUCUUAAAAAAAGGCUUUGGGGAAAAAAAACAUACCCUAAAUACAUUUGACCUCGCGAUUGACCAUUGACCAGUCUUUCAAAACCACACUUUUUCUUGAAAUCUGUGUUUUUGAUACCCUUAACGAGUCAACGCAUUGACCGCGACCAAAACUGAAAAAACACCCCUUUCAACGCGUUUUUUGGUCACGCGUGUGUACAGCAAUAUAUUUGACUGGCCCCCGGGCUUUAACCCUAAAACAUAUUAAAUCAUUAAUAUAUCCCCAAAUGUAACAAUAAAAUCAAGAAUCGGGAAGAAGUGUAAGGUCCUGUAAAUGUGUGAUUUCAAGUUUCGGUAUUGUGGCUGGUGUUGGUGUUGUCACAACACCAGAUUUCAACACCGUAUUUGAAAUCACCCAAUGUUCCUCAGAUAUUUCAUAACAAGAGGAAAUGCAAUUAAAGCCUACAUCUGUUUC